AUGGCGCGUCUCAAUACCCACCCCUCUGCUACGCCACAAACACGCGCUUCCACCGUCGACUCUCUGUACCGCGACCCCUCCGUAGCGCCCCGAACCGACGGCAAUGCGCGCACUUCGUCCUAUUCGGUCCUCAGCCCGACACGCUCAAUGAACUCGGACAAAGAGAAUGAGCAGCCCGACACACGCGACAACACCCCGCGGCGAGGCAAGGCCAGCGGCCUGCGGAGCGCGUCGGUGCGUAUGCCGACACCCGACUCUGGCUCAACAUCUGGAAACGGCGGUAAGAGGAGGAGAAUCGACAACUACAACAUGGCCGACUCGCAAAGUCACGAGCAUGUACACGGCAACCAAGAUGAGGAGCAGGAAGACGACGACGACGACGACGACGACGACGACGACGACGACGAACAAGCGGAAACGCCCUCACAGCUGCCCGAGCCAGACGAGGAAGGCGAUCUCAAGUUUUACAACCCCAAUCAAGAUCCAGAGGCGCGAAGGAGGCUACGUGCAAACAUGCGCGAACACCAACGCAUGCUAGAUGAUAAUCGCGAUGAUCUCGUCAAAUCACACGACAGUGGACUGCUCGAUGCUCUCAAGACACAAAACAGUUUGUUCGGCAAAGUGCGACAAACAGCCGAUGCUACUGUCGACUCUCGCUUCUUGGUUAACGCCAGUGACCUCGCAGGCAAGAAGCUCAACAACAGUUUGGGCAACUCUGGCGUGGGCGUUGAUCUCGAUCAGUUCAUCUCCAAGUGCAUUUACUUCAUGAAAUCUGGCGGCCACAUUGCAGGCGAGGAAGACGCACCAGCAGUACCCGUCGGCGACAACGACGAUGAAGACCCAGAUGGCCUUGACUGGGCAUUACUCGGCCGACAAGCAUGUUUCCCCUGCAACAAGCGACCGCCAACGUCAAGUUUCCUACUUGGUCCCUUGUCAGUACAAAAGCGCGUUCGUGCAACCCAACGAAGAGCCCGGUCUCAACGACAACCGGUCGGUCCGGCAACUCGACCAGAAGAGAUUCUGAACGAGGACACGCAGCAGAGCAAUAAAGACACUCAACUGACCUUGGUCAAAGCCAUCAGGAAACACUUGGUAGAUCAUAUCACCGCCGUGGAACCUUUGGUUGAACAAGAACUCGAGGAAAUACAAGGCGAACUCACGGACGAAGAUCAAUUUGCUGCUCUGAGACGCCAUAGAUUAGCAAUGACGGUUGAAGGAACAUCCGCAGUUAGUCUACUAGACUUCGCUAUCAAUCCCCACGACUUUGCGCAGACGGUAGAGAAUCUCUUCUAUAUUAGUUUCUUAGUGAGGGAGGGCAAUGCCGCCAUUAUCAAAGAUGCCCACGGGCUUCCGCUCCUGCAACCUGCAGACCCGAGCGCUGUCUCGGAACACCGAGAGAGGGACGUCCAAAAGCAUCAAGCCAUCUUCAGCAUCGACUUCCCUACGUGGCGAAUGUUCAUUGAAGCAUACGAUAUCACGACACCGCUCAUUCCACAACGUCAAGUGGAAGAUUCAACCGUCGCCACCAGCGGUUGGUACACCGGAUAA